CGCGACUCGGAGGGUGCAGGUUCUACGCCAUGUGGCGCAGCGGCUGGAGAGUCGGGGACGCGCUGCUGGGGCUGAGCGGCCGGGGUGCCAGCCUCGGAGCAUGGAGGUGUGGGAGCACCACAGCCUGUGAGAGGGCGCUGCGGUACCGGGUCGGAGAGAAGAUCCACAGCUUCACCGUCAGCCAGGUAACAUCUGUCCCCGAGCUGUCCCUGACGGCCGUGAAGCUCAACCAUGACGGCACGGGAGCACAGCACUUGCACCUGGCCAGAGAGGACAGAAACAACCUGUUCAGCGUGCAGUUCCGCACCACCCCCAGGGACAGCAGCGGCACCCCCCACAUCCUGGAGCACACGGUCCUUUGCGGCUCUCGGAGGUACCCGUGCCGGGACCCCUUCUUCAAGAUGCUGAACAGGUCGCUGUCCACGUUCAUGAACGCCUUCACAGCGAGCGAUUACACCCUGUACCCGUUUUCCACACAAAACCCCAAGGACUUCCAGAACCUCCUGUCCGUGUAUUUGGACGCAGCCUUUUUCCCCUGCUUGCGGGAACUGGAUUUCUGGCAGGAAGGCUGGCGCCUAGAACACGAGGAUCCGAACGACCCCCAGACGCCCCUGGUCUUCAAAGGCGUCGUCUUUAACGAGAUGAAGGGAGCGUUUGCAGAUAACGAGAGGAUAUUCUCGCAGCACGUUCAGAACCACCUGCUUCCUGACCACACAUACUCGGUGGUCUCCGGAGGGGACCCCCUGAGCAUCCCAGACCUCACAUGGGAGCAGCUGAGACAGUUCCAUGCCACCUACUACCACCCCAGCAAUGCCAGGUUCUUCACCUACGGCAGUUUUCCGCUGGAGCAGCACCUGAAACAAAUUCAUGAGGAAGCGCUGAGUAAAUUUCAGAGAGUCGAGCCACACACAGCAGUGCCGGCCCAGAAGCCCUGGGCGGAGCCGAGGGAGUUCCAGAUCGCGUGUGCCCCCGACCCGCUGGCCCAGGGCUCCUCGGGGCAGACGACCGUCAGCGUCAGCUUCCUCCUGCCAGACAUCACUGACACGUUUGAAGCCUUCACGCUGAACCUUCUGUCUUCACUCCUCAUCAGUGGCCCCAACUCCCCCUUCUACAAGGCCCUCAUUGAGUCUGGACUCGGCACAGACUUUUCUCCUGACAUUGGGUACAAUGGCUGCACACGGGAGGCCUACUUCAGCGUGGGCCUGCAGGGCAUCGCCGAGAAGGACGUUCAGACGGUCCGGGAUAUCGUGGACAGGACGCUGGAUGACGUCAUCGAGAAUGGAUUUGAAGAUGACCGAAUUGAAGCGUUACUUCAUAAAAUCGAGAUACAGAUGAAGCACCAGUCUGUCAGCUUUGGACUCGCCCUGACGUCUUACGUGGCUUCCUGCUGGAAUCACGACGGGGACCCCGUGGAGCUCCUCCAGCUCGGAAGUCAGGUGGCUCGGUUCCGGACGUGCCUGGAGGAAAAUCCAAAGUUUUUGCAAGAAAAAGUCAAACAGUAUUUUAAGAACAAUCAGCAUAAGCUGACUUUAUCGAUGAAACCAGACGACAUGUAUUCCGAGAAACAGAUGCAGCUGGAAGCAGAGAAACUGAAGCAAAAGGUCAACUCCCUUUCCCUGGAAGACAAGCAGCAGAUCUACAAGAAAGGUCUGGAACUGCAGGCCCAGCAGAGUCAACCGCAGGACGCGUCGUGUCUGCCUGCGUUGAAGGUGUCGGACAUCGAGCCCCGCAUCCCGUUCACGGAGGUGGAGGUGGCGCUGGCAGCGGGGGACACGCCCAUCCAGUACUGUGCGCAGCCCACCAACGGCGUGGUCUACUUCAGAGCCUUCUCGAGUCUCAACACCCUGCCCGAGGAGCUCCGGCCCUACGUGCCCCUCUUCUGCAACGUCCUCACCAAGUUGGGCUGUGGCGGCCUCGACUACAGGGAGCUGGCCCAGCAGGUGGAGCUGAAGACGGGGGGCCUGGCCGCCGCCCCCCACGUGCUGCCGGACGAUGCUCACCUCGACACCUACGAGCAGGGUGUGCUCUUUUCAUCUUUCUGCCUCGAUAGAAACCUGCCAGACAUGAUGCGCCUGUGGAGUGACAUAUUUAACGACCCCUGCUUGGAGGAGGAGGGGCACUUCCGAGUGCUGGUGAAGAUGGCGGCUCAGGAGCUGUCCAACGGGGUCCCUGACGCGGGUCACCUCUACGCGGCCAUCAGGGCGGGCAGGACGCUGGCACCCGCGGGGGACCUGCAGGAGACUUUCGGGGGGAUGGACCAGGUGGCGCUGAUGAAGAGAGUUGCGGAGGAGACAGAGGCCGGGCCCGCCCUGCGGAAGCUGCAGCGCAUCCAGGCGCACGUGCUGAGCUGUGACAGCCUCAGGUGCUCCGUGAAUGCUACUCCACAGCAGAUGUCCCGGGCGCAGGACGCGGUGGAAAGCUUCCUGCAGAGCCUCAGCCGGAGUAAGAAGGAGCGGAAGCCCGCGUGCCCGCACGUGGUGGAGAAAUCUGCACCUGAGGCAUCCGGCGGGCGCUCCGGGGUCACGAGGAGGCUGGUGACGGACCCCACCUUCAGGCCCUGCCAGAUGAAAACGCACUUCCUGCUCCCGUUCCCGGUGAACUACGUCGCCGAGUGCGUCAGGACAGCCCCGUAUGCUGCCCCGGACCACGCCAGUCUCAAGAUCCUGGCCCGCCUGAUGACGGCUAAAUUCCUGCACGCGGAAAUCCGGGAGAAAGGCGGUGCCUACGGCGGCGGCGCCAGACUCAGCUACGGCGGGAUAUUCACGCUGUACUCGUACAGGGACCCGCGUUCCACGGAGACGCUGCAGUCCUUCCUGAGGGCCGUGGACUGGGCCAGGUCUGGGUGGUUCACGCAGCAGGACAUCGACGAGGCCAAGCUCUCUGUCUUCUCCGCCGUGGACGCGCCGGUGGCUCCUUCAGACAAAGGCCUGGACCGCUUCCUGUAUGGCCUCUCGGACGAGGUGAAGCAGGCGCACCGCGAGCAGCUCUUCGCCGUCCGCCACGAAGACCUGGUCGACGUGAGCAACAGGUACCUGGGCGCCGGGAGGAGCACACACGGCGUGGCUCUGCUUGGACCAGACAACGCGAGCAUCGCCAGAGACCCGUCGUGGAUCAUCAGGUAGCAGGUGACCCUGCCUCCGCAGGACCGGCCCAGCCCGAGGCCUCGGGACACUGAGCUCUGUGCUUUCCUGAGCCUCUAAGUUAUUGUUUCUACAAAACCCUUGAUCAUUUGUACAUAUGAUCGUAUAUGUGAUAUAUAUAUAUAUAUAUAUACAUCUCUCAUAAGAUUUUGCCUGGCAGGUCAGAGGAGAACUUCCUUCCUGAAGGAGGAAGUGGAGUCUUCACGAAGAAAUGAAUUGCAGUAAUCAUGCACUAAAGGCCAGAGAUGCACAGAUUAUAAUUUUAAGACUUCCUAAUGCUAUAAAUGCUCAUUUUACUUACUAAUCCUGAAUAUGUAUUUUAAAAAUAAAAGGUGACU